CCUGACCCUCCUCACGUCCCAUGGUGCCCGGCGGCCGAGGGAUCGACACCUUCAAAGACGGCCCCUGAGCGUCAGAGGGCCAGCAAACCACCCUGAAGGAGCAGCGGAGUCAAGGGUUGGCACUGUGGGCUGUGAGUGACUUGGAAGAGGACAACUGCGUGGACGGAGAGGUCAACCCCACCCAUCUCCACCCAAUACUAGCAUGGCUACAGCGAGCACCUCAGGGCAGAGCAGUUUCGGGCUCGGGAGGAAAAAGAAGAAGCCUGGUCUCAUGGAUCAGAUUACCAAGUUCUUUGGAGGAGACAAGAAGAAAAGGAGCAAGGUGAGCUUCCAUGCAUCUGCAUCUAAAGGAUCGGUUCAGGGGUCCUUCCGGGGUCAUGGGCCCGCCUCACCCCAGCAGUCUUCCGCUCGACGUCGGACCAAGGAAAAUGCUGUGGUGCAUUUCUUCAGGAGCUUGGUUACCUCUCCUCAACCUAAAUCCAGGUGGAGAGACGCCUUGGGCUUGGCCUCUUCGCCGCGUGCCGAGAGCACAAAGUCGCCGGUCAGGAGACGCAGAGACCAAAGCACACUGUCCAGAAUCUUCAACCUGUGAUGCUCUCACCAGAGAUCAGGAGACACCAAGUCCCGUCCACCCCCUAAACGCUGGAGCACCAUCUUCUAAGCUCUCCGCCGAGGAGCAAACCACUGAUCCACCCCCGAUGGGAGAAGAGGAAGAACAAGAAGGGGAAACUGAUUUGCAGGCAGCGGUCUCACAACCUCAAGAAAUGUUAACACACUAACACCAGCCUCCUGUAUGUUUAGACAUUGACAACGUAUGAAAUCCGCUCUCCAAUGAUAUAUAAGUGCUUGUUUUUGUUUGAAUCCAACCGAUAUCUUGUCUAGGUCAUGCUUUUAGUAAAAUAUCUUACUGUAAAAACCACCAAUGGUGCUAGUGUCAGCUGUUUGAGCUUUGUUAAUGUCAGAUUUUUUCAUUUGUCUCCCGUCUUCAGCAUGUUGUACUUGAGUGAAGCUUUGUGUAUCUUGCUGCUUUCUAGGAUCUCUACUCACACAGCAAAUAUACCUUUGGUUUUGUUUCAAUGUGAAAUCUAGACGGGGAUCUGUCCACUGUGGCUGUCGUGCUCGAGUGAAAUUGUAUGUUGCAAAGCAUUUGAAAACACAACUGGAAACCUCCAGAAUAUGAGUUAUUUUAUUUUUAUGUAACAGUUUGUGUUUUAUUAUGCUUCCUGUAAUUAAAAAAAUGCAAAUUCAAGUCUCUUAAAGAAAUAAAAUGCCCUUUUCAAAUGCACUGUUACAUAACUAAAGAAUGUCCUAAAAAACUGGUCUGCUCUCUUAUGUGUAGCUUUUGCAUGGAUCUCAUGUAUUAUCUGUUUAAAUACAACAUUAAUUAAAUGUAAUAUUAUUUGUGUUUCAUCAGGAAGAUGACAAGCAAAAGUUGUAUUUGAUGGUUGGAUUGUAAGUGGUUCAAAGGUCUAAGGCAGAAGCCCCCAGAUGGAAUGAGAAGCACUGAUGGACAGUAUAGUGAAUUCAAAUGUUCUGAAGUAUUAUUUUUCCAUUUCAUUCUGUUAAUAAUAAAUAAUAAAAGAAAUGUAAUUGGUUGUUGCUGUUUUUGCUGACAUGAGAUGCUCCAAGAGUGUUAUGUUUCCUCUUAAUGUAAAGCUCUGUUUUUAAUGUGCAGCCAAACUAGAAAUAAACACAUUGUCUUCUCUUAA